AUGUCGGAAUCAGCUUCAACACCUGUUCCACCUCCCGCAGAAGGAUCCACUGCACCCGAGGGAUCCCCCAGACCUGUACCAUCAUCUACCGAGCUCACCCCCGCACCUGCAGAAUCCAAUACCAACACACCCUCUCAUGAACCAGUUAUCGAUCCCGAAUUGAUGGAUUUGCCCGCACCUCCUCAUCACAACAACAAUAAUAACAACAGCAAUUCUACGGAUAACAAUGCGAAUGGAACUCAACAGGAAGGUGAAGGUGAAUCUAAAGAGUAUGAUAUACACGGUACAAGCUCAGGAAUGGGAAUAAGGGAAUCAAUAGCUUCUGCUCCCAAUCCUCGACCGGCGGAUUUCCCACCUCCUGAUCAAUUGAACGAGAACCUGUCGUUGGACAUGGACGCGAUCGCACAAAUAGCAGCGGAAAAUGAAGACAUGCCUGGAUCUCCCACUGCCAAGAUGAUGAGAGCGAUCGCACCUCCUACAGCCAUCAUGACAAAUCCCGAAUGGCCUCCUCCCCCUCCCAACGCUAGUGUCAAUCUCUUCAUUGGCCGUGCUUUACUGUCAAAUGGAAAUGACAAUUGGCCAUUGAAACCCAACGAAAUCGUCAACUGGAUUCGAAAACACUACCCCUCUGAAUGGGAUGGUGACGAAGGACGGUGUUCUGCCCAUCGAGUGCGAACCUACCUCGCCCGUAAGGGUGCCGACAUGUACUACGAGAAGUUGAAUCAAGGCUGCAUCAACGGGUGGCGAAUUCGUGCCAACCAUUUAUGGAGGUUCGAUAAUGGUGGAUUCCAAGGAAGGGGUAUGAAGCAGGAAGAAGCUGCGGCGAACGCCCAGAAGGAACAAGAAGCUUUGGCUAAUGCAGCUCGAAAGGAAGCUGCCGCUGCUGCCCUUGCUGCUGGACAUCCGAAUGUCAAAGUGUCAAUGUCGAGUCCAGGUAUAACGACUUUAUCUCAAGAUGCUUUAAGUACUUUACAUCAACAGGCAGCCAGUCAACCGAAUAAGAAACCUAGAUUGUCAGCUACUUCCACUCACGCCAAGACAGGUGGUUUGACGGGUCAAUCCAGACGACGAAAUACCAAGAAAUCUUCAUUACCUGCUCAACAACCCCAACAACAACAACCACAGAGUGAUUUAGGUUUCUCUCAACCCCAACAACAGGAUCAGAGUCAACAUCAACAACAAUCGUAUUAUCAAGAUGGAACGCAGUUAUAUGGAGUUGGUCAGUUGGAUAAUAGUCAGAUUCAACCUGAUCAAUCUACAUCAACCAAUGUGUUAGAUCCAUCAUUAAACCAACAGACCGGUACUGGUGAAGGAGUCGAUGGAAAUGAUGUAGAUAUCAAUAUGGUUCAACAGGCUAUGCAGGCUGCGGCCGGUCAGAUGGACGAUUUGGAUAUGGGUAUACAGCUCCCCAUCGAAAUGCAGAUGCAUUCCAACGGACAUGAAAAUGACGAUGUCAAUGAUACCAGGUUCAAUUUCGAGGUCGUAGAUGUUAGUCCGGCUGAUGGGCAUGGUCAUGGUCAGUAUGGUGGGAAUGGAAAUUAUGGAUAUACCGGGUAG